AUGUCAGUCAUUUGUUGAUCUACAGUUACUGUUUUUAAGAAUGGAUUAAAACAAGUAUUUAAGAUUAGAGAAAGAUGUUUGUUUGGCUGAUGUCAGAUUGUAAACAUUUUUAUCUGGGCCCUGAGUUUGAACCCCCAGCUGUGUUGUUAUUGUUGUGUUGCUGGUAUUAAUAGACCGUGUGGAUGUGGAGAGACAACAGAGUGGUAGGGAUGUAGCUACAGUGCAGGGCUACCUCUUACUCUGUGACCACUUCAGCUGUGACAUUAGGAACGUGUGAUUUGUGCUCUGAUAAUGGUAAAUGUUACUGUUGUAGUUUUUACUCUAUCUGGGAUAAAUGGGACAAUUAAUUACAGAGUCACUCUAUUCACAUUCACUCUUCUAUAUUACUGUGUUAUUUUGUUUGCCAAUAUCUCUCUUGUCAUGAUCAUUAUCUUAAAUGAAAAUCUACAUGAGCCUAUGUACAUCUUAUUGUGCAAUUUUUGCAUUAAUGGGCUUUAUGGGACAAUGGGUUUCUAUCCCAAAUUCCUCUUGGAUCUCCUGUCGUCUAAUCAAGAAAUCUCAUACGGUGGAUGUCUUUUUCAGGCUUUUGUCAUGUACUCAUAUGCUUGCAGUGAUUUGUCAAUUCUAGCAGUCAUGGCCUAUGACAGAUAUCUGGCUAUAUGUCGACCUCUACACUACCACUCUUUCAUGACGAAGAGCAGGCUCUCUCAGCUGGUCUGUUUCUCCUGGUUUACACCAUUUUGUGUUUUUUCCAUCAACGUACUCCUGACUUCAAGACUCAAGUUAUGUGGUUCAAAGAUUCAGAGGCUGUUUUGUGUGAACUGGGUAAUUGUUAAACUUGCCUGUCCAGAUAAUGACACCUUUUCAAACAGUGUGAUUGCAUAUAUAACUAUUUUUAUUUAUGUGUCUCAUGGGCUCUUCAUCAUUUGGACUUAUAUGCAUCUUAUUAAAAAAUGUGCGAGGUCCAAAGAAGACAGGGUAAAGUUUAUGCAGACCUGUGUGCCACAUUUAACUUCUUUAAUCACAUUCCUUGUUGCAAUUGUUUUUGAUUUGAUGUAUAUGAGAUUUGGCUCCAAAGAUUUACCUCAAAGCCUCCAAAACUUAAUCACUAUAGAAUUUCUCCUUAUUCCACCAGUUAUGAAUCCUCUGAUAUAUGGAUUUAAACUGACCAAAAUCCGAGAUAGGAUUCUCGGUUUAGUUGGCAUUAAAAAAUAA